CAAGCCAGGUACUAGGAAUUUUGUGAUGGGAGGUUUUCGAUAAACUCUGAUUCUGGACAAUCUGCUUAUCGGACACGCAGUGUUAUUUUUAGUAUUAUCCAAAUUUAAUUACCUAUCAUCAUGGAUCAUCAAAAAUGGAUCGAAGAUGACCCCAUAUAUGCAGUUAUAACAAAACCUUCUAAACGCCAGCCUGUACCAGCUGUUGCAAUAAACGGCGUCAUGGAAUCAGAAGUUGAAAAACUGCAAAAGCAGCUACAGACCCUUACUGAUGAGCAUAACACAACUUUAGAAAAACAAAAAGAAACUGAAGAAAAACUGAAAACAUAUGAAAAUGCUGCCGAACAAGCCUAUGCAGAAGUUGGAUAUAUGCAGAGUCAGCUUCAAGAUGAACAACGUUGUUUGGAAAAAGCUGUUCAAGUUGCUUCUAGGCUAUACAGCAGAAAUACUGAGCUCAAGAGAAUGAGUGUCAGACGAAAGAAAGAUAUGUUAUCCACACGUCGUCAAAAAUGGAAAGAUCAACACGAAAAAAAUGCUGGAACAUCGUUUGGAACCGCUCAAACUAUUAAUGAAUCGCAGUCAGAGGCCGCAAAAGAGCCAAACAACGAUUCCAAAAUUACAGAAGACAACGAUAUAGAAGAGGAUUUCGAGGACGCGGCUGACGAUCUAGAUAUAAUUGUAAAAUUAGAUAAUAAAUCAAAAAGCGAUCUUGAAAAAGCCCAAGAUGAGAUUGAAGAACUAAGACAACUUAAUGACGAGCUCUCUACAAAACUACAAGAACACGAGACCAAACAAGCUUCUGCCAACGAAAAUACAAUCGCACAGUUACAAGCAGUUAUUAAAAUGCAAGAUGCAGAAUUAUCGGAACUAAAAGAAAAAUACAAUGUUGAAUCCCAAGUUCGCCUUCGGGCUGAAACUUAUGCUGCAAAAAUGUACGGGAAAAACAAGGCGUUUCAGAGAAACAGUGUUCUAAUAAAAAGUCGAAUUUCCGGGUCCUUUGAUGAUAAAUUUGAAGACACGAUGAAAGAAUUACAGAAACUGACAGAAGAAUUAGAGGAGGAAAAAGUUAAAAACAAGCAGGAGGUAGCAAAACUACAAGAAGAACUGGAAAAUGCCAAAAAUAAUGAGAAAGAAAACGAACUAGAAAUUCAAAUUAACCUUUUAAAAAUUGAAAUUGAUCAACUCAAAACUGACAAACUAAAAAUGGAAGAGAAAAAUGAAUCACUCAUAAAAGAAAUGGAAGAAGCAAAAAUCGUCUCUGAAGAAAACCCACCUCCGCCUUCGGUUCCAGCGCCUCCUCCACCUCCCCCGCCUCCUCCUCCUCCACCACCGCCUCUGAGCUCUCUGCCGGGAAAAUCACUAUACGAUGUAAUCGAAGAACGAAAGGCCCAAAAAGGUGGUGGUUCUGAAUCACCUAGGAGCAGAAAAAUAUCUUCAACCGUUGCUGCUCCAAGUGGAUACGCUGAUGCUAUGGAAGAAAUGAUGAGAAGAAUUAAGUCUGGAGGUGCAUUGAAAAAGACGGGAACUCUACCGGCGAAUAUAACAAGCAAUUCGGAAUAUAGCACCAUAGGAGAGUGUGCUUCAUUGUCGGAUGAUUCAAACAGUUCCGGAUGCGCGGAUGAAAAUGAGUACGAAAACAUUUAUUCUCACAUAGGGGAAGGCGAAAAAAAGAAUUCAUCCGCUAGUUCUCAAUAUCGACAAAAAGCGGCGACCAUAGGUGGCUUUGCUACCAGGAAAAGCGACUUUCACACUGACGCAACCAAGCCUUCAAUAUCCACAAUAUUUAACUGGGCAAAUUUGAAGCCGGUUAAAACGAAACAAAAAACAAUUGACGGCGAAGUGGGAGGAUCUGGAAAUGAGCGCAGCAAAAUGUUUGAACUUAAAAAGGCAUCUCCUUUCAGUAGGGAAAACGCAUUUCAAGACAGCGUCAGGUUACCGAAAGACAUCAAUCCCGAUUUGAAGAGAAUAUUAGAAGGAAGAAGAAAGGGAAUAAAAAAGGCGCAAUCAGAAGGAGAGAAAUAAUUGAACCAAGUCACGCCUUAAUGGUGCUUAAAAUUGGAUGCUUAUGUAAAUGACAAUUCAAGUUCUUGUUUUCUGAGCAAACGAAUUUCUACCAAAAUCGCUUGGUCUCAUAUAAUAUGCCUGGUUUUGGAAAUUUGAGUAUUUAUUAAUAAUAUAAUUGUGGCAUUUACUUAUUCAUAAUCCCGAUUAACUGUUCUUCUCAUUCGGCUACUUAUAGUUGCCGAGCGUUAUCGAAAAUAGUUAUUCUAGCGCUGUAAUUCUUUGCAGGUUUACAGAAUAUAACUUCUUCGGAUUUUUUGUACAAAUUUGAAUUUCCAACGAAAUCUGCAUUUCAAACCCUAACUGGAUAAUCCCAUUUUUUGUUUUUAUUUUUAUGAGCGGUGGCGGGGUGUUUUGGUGGGAUUUUUGUACAAAAUAUCCACAUCUUUUAGAAAAUUAUUCUCACACAAGUACUUUGGUUUCAUAUGUAGACAAACAAUACGAUUCAAAGAAGUCGAAAUUCAAACCGACUUCUGGCGUGCUAUUUACAAAUCUUGGGCGGCACUCUUGACAACUCAGUGUAACAAAUUUUGUUAUUUUUCCAACUUUUUCAUUAUUUUGCAAUGGAUCCAGCCAUGACAAAGUAACUAAUUAUUGCAAGUUUAUUCCUUGAUGAUUUAUAUAUAUAUUAAAUUACUCUUAUUAUUGUAAGUUGACGUAAGGUAGGCAUUUAAAACUUACAAUGAGGUUUAUAUGUAAAUCACCGUAACUGUUGUUACAUAAGUCUGCUAAUACUAAUAGUUACUGAUUAAUUAACGAAUAAUUUUUUUAUAAUAAAACAAACGGCUGAUGAUCAUCAUGUUGUUUCAGCUGCAAUUAA